UUCCAUAAACCCAAAAGUUUUAUCUCUUAGAAUAUCAGGAUGAAGGUGGUUUUCACUCUUCUGCUGCUGCACAGUGUGUUGCUCCAUUAUGGACAAACGGAGAUCCCAGAUUUUAUGGCAUAUGAAAAUGGCAAUCAGCCCAAUAUCUGGACUGAGGUGAGGAAUAUAAGAGACAUGAUGGUGGAGCUCAGAGUCAAGUUGGAUAUGAUGAUGAAAGAGAAUGCAAGGUUAAAUGACCAACUGAAGACCUACGAAACCCAGUUGGAAGAGUUCAAGAGAGAUAAUGCAGAAAAACCAAAGGUGGCAUUUUCAGCUGACUUAGGGAUCCGUGGCAAUGUAGGUCCCCAUAAUACUGAAAUCACACUGAAAUUCAAUAACGUCUUCACAAAUAUUGGCGACAACUACAAUCCAACAACAGGUAUCUUCACAGCAUCGAUUAAAGGAGUCUACUACUUCAGAUUCACUGUGUGUGGCACAAAAAGUUCAAUGUCAAUGGGUGGAUUCUUGUAUAAAAAUGACAUGAAAAUUGUAUCAGUAGGACAGUGGCGUAAUCACGAUCAGCACAGAUAUGCAUCCAAUGCAGCUGUCCUGCAAUUGGAAGUGGGUGAUGUGGUUUUAAUGAAGCUCCUCCCAGGUUACACCAUCUAUGACAGCCCAGAUAACCUCAGCUCCUUCAGUGGAUUCCUCAUUUACCCUCUAUAGUCAUAUACCAUUGUACAUGUACAUUACAAAACUGAAACUUCAACAAAAUAUAAACAAAGCAAAAAGUAAAAUAUUACCAAAAUAAAAAGUAUAACGCUUGCAUGCAUUGCAUGCAGUAUUUUUUAGUUAACAUUCAAUGUUCAACAAUGGUUACACAAAGGUUUCUAUCCUUGAUCUAGUUCAUUAACUUUUUAAGCUCGGAUUGAAGAAAUAGUGAUUGAAAUAUUAAUAACAAUUUUGACCAUCACAAAAUAGGUAUGCAAUAAUUUUAAAGCUUAGAAUCUGUCCUUUACAAUGUAUGCAGGCAUAAUGAAAUUUGCAGACAAAUCAUAAGUGUUCCAUUUUAUAAUUUAUAAAAAAUGUUGCACGGUUAUUGUAAUCGGUAAAAACAUCAAACUGAUCAUAUAGCCAUGUGUCAUAUGUUGUUGGAAACCUCUCAAAAAGUAGAACACAACCAGCUAAAUUGUUUUACUCACAUACAAAAAAAUAUAGCAUGUAAUAGACAUGUAUAUAGACAGACAAGUUAUAUGUAAACAGGUGUUUCUUAUAAGCCACAUUUUCACUUAUAACUUCACGAAAAAUAAACAUAACAUAAGAUAACACAUACCAUUACUUAAAGGAGGGGAUUCUCAUUCAAACGCACCUGCAUACAAUGCAAUCAGAUACACAGAUUAUGAUCUGGAUCAGAUGACUUCAUUAGAAUUGAUGUAGUACGUGGUCCAGUGUCAUGAAACGCUAGGAUUAGGAUUCAGAUCAAUGCAACCAGAGCUGGAAGUCACCCAAAUAUGGGCAGAGAGGAUUGUUCACUAAAAUUAUAUAUGGCCACCAGAAGAUUCAGGAGAACUGAAUGAGAUGUGACAUGAUUGGGAACAAAACAAAAGCAGUUUUGUGUCUGAGCUACCUUAUUUGCAACCUGAGAUAUAUAAUGUCAUAUCAUAAGAAUAUAAAAGGUAAAAAAAAAUAUUCUCAGCAGAUUCUUAAACUGAAAGUCUCAUUAUUUAUCAUAACCUAUAUCAUUCUUUUUUUUUUUUUUUUUUUUUACAUUUAUAAGCCUUUAAUUUUGGGCAUGCCAAUGAAACAGGAAAUCUUAAAAAAAAAAAAAAACUAAAAAAAAAAAAAACUUUACAUUAAAGGGUUAAAUAAGAGUUGCCUUUCAGGGUUUAGGCUAUAGUGACUGUUUAAGGACACAAAACAGCCCUGGUCAAUUUUUGUAUUAUUUUAUUCAUUUAUUUUUGCAUGGGCAUUUUGGAAAACAUUAUUACAUAAUUUAUUAUUAAAUACGUAUUAAGUAUUUAUUGUUUGGCUAAUUUGAAUACAUCACAUCAGAAUCACCUGAUAAUUAUAAUAUUGCUGUUAAAGGGGACCUAUUAUACAAAAUUAAUUUGUACAUAAAUGUGAGUCUGCAGAUUGUGUACACAACAACCCUACAAUGUUAAAAGUCCACCCGCUUC